GUUGUUGUGAUGGCGGAAGUGCUUUGAUGUUGUCGGCGCAGUUCUGUCAAGCUUUCGGAUUCCGGAAUCGGAUCGUGUAGUGAUUUAGAUCUAUGUAGGACCCUCGGUUCGCAGCACGACCGGGACCGUGGAGAUGGCCGACCCCAAUGAUGUCAGUCUGCAGCCGGUGGAACGAGUUCGCAUCCUCACAAAGAAGGGAAGCUCAGUGGAGAUCAACGACGAGGUGCCGCCACGCCGAUACUUCCGCUCCGGCAUGGAGAUGAUCCGCAUGGCCAACGUCUACGCAGAGGAGGGCAACAUUGAGCACGCCUUCAUCCUCUACAACAAGUACAUCACACUCUUUAUAGAAAAACUUCCCAAUCAUCGGGAUUAUAAAACUGCUAAUAUUCCUGAGAAGAAGGACACACUAAAGAAAUUGAAGGAUGUCGCAUUUCCUCAAGCCGAAAUUCUGAAAAAAGCUCUUCUAAGGAGAUUUGAACAAGAGCACGCGCAGUAUCUUGUCAAGAAGAAGGUGGAGGAAGAGGCGCAGGCCUUAGAGCGGUCCCGGCAGCAAGCACUGGAUGCCGAGCGGGAGCGCGUGGCGGAGAUGCAGCGGCGGCAGCAGGAGCAGGAGCAGUUCAGUGCCUUUGAGGAGAUGAUUCGCCGCCAGGAACUGGAGAGGGAGCGCCAGCGCGUGCUGCUGGAGUUCGCCACGCCUGCCGCGCCUUCCCCUGACACGCCGCUCAUCCCGGGCAUCCAGGGUCCGCCCCUGAUCUCUCCCACCCCCCCGCACAGCCCGGGGGACCUGUCCGGCGGCGGCAACCACCAAAACAAUCGCACCCCCUCGUCCGUUUCCCCGCCCAGCUUUGACCGGUCCCUUAAGCCUGGCUCACUGGUCAGCCCGGGGAACAACAAUAUGACGGUGGACGCUCUUCGCCAGCUGUCGGUUCCGUCGGAGCUGUGCAGGAGCUUCCUGCGACUGGCCGAGGCCAACACCAGCCGGGCUGUGGAGACGUGCGGCAUCCUGUGCGGAAAACUGACCAGGAACAUGUUCACCGUGACGCACGUCAUCGUUCCAAAGCAGUGCGGAGGACCGGACUAUUGCGACACGGAGAACGAGGAGGAGCUCUUCCUCAUACAGGACCAGUAUGACCUCAUCACUCUGGGAUGGAUCCACACCCACCCGACACAGACGGCGUUCCUGUCCAGCGUGGACCUGCACACGCACUGCUCGUACCAGAUGAUGCUGCCUGAGGCCAUCGCCAUCGUCUGCUCGCCCAAGUUCAACGAGAUCGGCUACUUCAAACUGACGGAUCGAGGAACCAAUGAGAUCUCGUCGUGUAAGCAGAAAGGCUUCCACCCUCACAGCAAAGAUCCACCUCUGUUUACACACGCCGGACACGUCACCAUCUCUGACGACACCGUCACCGUGAUGGAUUUGCGGUGAUUUUAGGACCCGCCCGCACCAGGAAACUUUGAAAGACUGUUGUACUGUACCAAACCGGAGAUGUUUUAUUUGUUUAGGGUUGAAAGGACUUGAACGGUCGGUUGCUCUGUAGUAACACAGCAUCGCAUUCUCCCCACUUAGUUGAUCUCCACGCCCUCUCUCUCUCUCUCUCUCUCUCUCUCUCUCUCUCUCUCUCUCUUUGUCUCUUUGUGCUCUCUCACCCCUUUUUCCAAACAUCCACAGCUUUGGCAAGCGGGCUGUUUGUGUUCCACACAGUCAAGUGCCAAGGAUGAGAAGGUUGCUCAACAUGCAGGCUGAUGUAAACUCAGGUACGCAGGCGAUGUCGCUGAUCCUCUGCAGCAUCCUUUUACACUCGGAUGGGACUCCUCUUUCCAUUUAUUUUGAUUUUUUGAAACCCGUCGUCGGUAGAAGCUGAUCUUCCCAGCGUAUCCUUGCUUUCAGAGAGCGUGAAUGUAACUUCUCCUGCUCGUUGUUCCGGCCUCUCUCCAAGUUUGUCUGCAGCCCUCUUGUUCAAUGAAGACAACAAUUAGCCCGUUGGUAUAUAGUAUGCCCUUAUCUUCAGUUCAUUCAAUGCCAAGACAAAAUAAACUCACUGGAAAUCAAGCCUCCAUGCUUGUCUUCUUAC